UGUGCGAGCAUUAAAAAGUAAUUUCAAUAACACGGUAGCUUGGGUUUACGCGCCGACUUUGUGCAGAACGCUGAUAUAGCAAUUGAUCAAAAUAAAAUUUCAAAAAUGAUAAAAAAAAUUAUAAACUUUUUGAUAAUGAUGUUGUUGAUAAUCUCGACAUCAGGAGAAAAUUGUGAAGAUAUAAAAUGUUCUCAUAUUUUCGACGAAGUAUGUGGGAUGGCGGAGCUAAGAGAUGGUACUCAGUUUAUAAUGAGAUAUAAAAAUCUCUGUUUUAUGAAGGUAAAGGAGUGUGAACUGAGAUCUUUGAUGGAAAUUAAUCAAGUAGAUGACGAGCUUUGCGGCAUAAAAAAAAUGUACGAACCUUUACACGAGACACGUCGCAUAGCAGAUCAUACUAUUUCUGGUGCAAAUCAACCCUGCAACCACUCGUGUCCCUUUUCCUGCACCGAUGUGUUCCGGCCUAUCUGUGCAAUGAUCUGGCAUGUUGGUAGCGACUCAAAAUCUCUUGUUAAGCCUAUGAUCAACCAUUGUCAUGUUGAUAUGUUUUCCUGUGCCUCUGGGUUAAAUGUAACUCUUGCGCCCCUACAUACAUGUUACAAGAAUCCCAGAAUCCUUGUAUUUAUGCAAGAAAUAGCGACAGUGAAAUCGUUAAAUUUAAUAGGCCGGGAUCCUGUAUCUGGGAAGGGUUUAGUUGCAUCAGCGCGUAGAUCAAAUUCAAUGCCUGUGUCUAAUCACAAGAAUGUCAAGACCUCACUCAAAAAACAUUUACAGGAAGUCGUUAGAAGAAUUUUUGACAAAUAUCGUAAUGAUUAUGAUGAUUAUUGAAUAAAUAAAUUAUUAGUUUAA